AUGGAUGACACCGUCGCUACUGUAGACAUGUCUUCGGGCGAAAACUUCGUCGAGAAGCAUGCCAGCAAUGAAUCUCCCAAGGAGAAGCUCAGCCGCGGCAUGCUGGCCUACUCGAUGAUAUCUUGCAUCUGCCAGGGGUUCUGUGUGCUGCUAUGCGUCCACAGCUCCUUUAUGCUUGCUGGUAUGGCGUCUGACGCUUUCGGGGUGUCCAACUUCGCUGGUAUGGUCGUCUACCUUCUAGAAGGUGCCUCGUGCCUCUUCAACAUCAUCGUCUUCUGGUGCAACGCCGUCAAGCCCUGGUUGCCGGUCGUCGUCUCGUUCGCGCAGGCGUUGGCGAGCAUCGCUCAGAUCAUCGUGUUGCAAAUGUGCGAGGGUGACACGGGUAAGUACGCCUACCUGGCUGUGGUCGGUGUGUUCGGUCUCAUCUUCGGUUGCAACGGUAUUUCAUCCUUCGCUCUCGCCGCCUUCGGACCCGUUAACAACCUCGGACCCUUCACCUUUGGUUACGCCCUUGGUGGUGUCCUGCCCUUCGUCUUCUCCACCAUAUUGAGGACCACUGUGUACACGGGAACUGACGCUGCUAGCGUCAAGGGUAUGAUGUCGUGGAUGUUGGGAUUCCUUGCCGUCAUGUCUACCGUCAGCGCGACCAACAUGGUUAUCUACCUUACCAGAGAACCCAUCAAGAGGCACUACGAGCAAAUCAAACUGGACGGUAUCAGUACCGUCAAGUGCACCUUCAGAUCUGCUAUCAAGGGGCUCAGGCACGCAUGGAGGAUCGUCCUUAUUGAGUGCAUCAGCUACACCACCCUCCUCGGCUUCUACCCGGGUAUCAUCCCCAGUGCUAUGAAGAUGGAGGUCGGCCGCAGGGUCAUGCUCAUCGGUAUUUUCCAAAUCAGUGAGACCUUCGGACGUGGUACGGCUGUGUUCAUCGACAACAAAUGGCUCCCAUGCAACAACCUUAACAGGAUCAUUGGUCUGGUUAUCAGCAACAUUGGUACGGCCGGAUUCCUCGUCUUAUGCACGAUCUACCACGACAACGCCUUUUUGGGUAACAUUGUCGUCAUCACCAUUGGUGUCAUUACCUUCGGAGCUGUCGGUGGAUACUGCAACUCGUUCUCUGACAAGAGCAUCGAAGGAGAGCUGCCACCCGAGCUCGAACGGGAAGUCAGAGUGUCUACCACCACGGUCUUCAGGAUCAUUGUCUCAUUCCUGUGCACUCUUGGUGGUUUCCUGUCGACUCUGUUGGUCAAGGCAUUCCCCGACCACACCGAGGCACUGAAAGCAGCGGCGGCGGCAGCAGCUGCAAAGGCGGGAGAGGCAGGUGCAGAUGUUGCAGCAAAAGCAGCAGCAGGGCUUUCGCAUUAA